ACCGGGAAGCGCCCUGACCAACCGCGGCUCGCGGUGUCCCCGGGCUGGGCGCCGGCGGGGCGAGGGCAGUUCCCGGCGCCGGCGCUUCAUUCUCCCCUCUGGGACCCGUCGCGCAGACCCCGAGGGUGCGGCGGCGGCGCGGGCAGAAGGGUGAGCGGCGGGGCCGGGCAGCCGACUCCGGGAGUCCGGCCCGGCACACCCGGGCCUCUCCCCUCCGCCCGGGACUGCGGCCGACGGGACGCCCGCGGGCCGGGGCUGCAUGGGGCUCUCGCGCAGCCCGCUCUUCUGGCUGCUGCUCCUGUUCGCGGUUGUCUGCUCGGGGAUCCUCGUCGCCCUGUACUCCUCGGCGGUGGAGUCGUACCUGGGGCCCCUGACCGGAGCCAGGAACAUCACAUCGUCUCGAGCUUUCUUUGGACCCAAGGCAUCGAAUUCUAGGACGAGAAAGAACCUGCCCUGUCGACACUCACUUUCUCUCGCCAUUCGACGGCACCCUCACUUCCGGGAUCUGUUUGAUCUCUCCAUUCCAGUGCUGCUGUCAGGGAACCUCUUCACCCAGGAGCUCUGGGACAGCCUGAGCCGGCACAAAGCCCCCUAUGGCUGGCAGGGGCUCUCCAGCCAAGCCAUCGCCUCCACCCUGAGCCUCCUGAAUGGCUCUGAGAGCACCAGGCUGUUUACCGUCUCCAGGGAGCUGCUUCCGGGCUGCAUCCGGUGUGCCGUGGUGGGUAACGGAGGCAUCCUGAAUGGUUCCCGCCAGGGUCAGAACAUCGAUGCCCAUGACUACGUGUUCAGACUCAAUGGUGCUGUGAUCAAAGGCUUUGAGAAUGACGUGGGCACCAAGACCUCCUUCUACGGUUUCACUGUAAACACAAUGAAGAACUCCCUCAUCUCCUACUCAAACCUGGGCUUCACCUCUGUGCCGCAGGGACAGGACCUGCGCUAUAUUUUCAUCCCCUCAGACAUCCGCGACUACGUGAUGCUGAGAUCGGCCAUUCUAGGUGUGCCUGUCCCUGAGGGCCCCGAUAAAGGGGACAGCCCCGCUCCUACCGGUCCACACACCGACACCGUCCCGGCGCCUUUCCCCUCUCCUCACUCCCCAACGGGCCGUACGACGGCACCGGCCGCUCUGUCCACUUCUAUCGUGGGUCCUAGGCCUCAGACCUAUUUUGGACCAGAAGCCUCCGCCAGCAAAUUCAAGCUACUCCAUCCAGACUUCAUCAGCUACCUGACAGAGAGGUUUCUGAAAUCCAAGUGGAUUAACACAAAAUUCAGAGACCUAUACAUGCCUAGCACUGGAGCCCUCAUGUUGCUGACAGCACUGCAUACCUGUGACCAGGUUAGUGCCUAUGGAUUCAUCACAAGCAACUACCAGAAAUUUUCUGACCACUAUUUCGAACGAAUAAAGAAGCCACUGAUAUUCUACGUGAACCAUGAUCUGUCCCUGGAAGCCACCCUGUGGAAGGACCUGCACAAGGCUGGCAUCCUUUGGCUGUACCAGCGCUGACCCUGAAG